AGACAGGCGGCGCUGCUCGGCUUAUUUGCCGCCAGUAGAAGCAGGCCGGAGCUCGCACUGUGACUGUGACCGGGACCGCAGGCGGGAAACCACCCUCUCGGUUUAUUUUUUUGAUUCCUCAGAUCGUUAUUAGUAACCCCAGCAGCCGCCAUGUUCGAGGCUCGCUUAGUGCAGGGCUCUAUCCUGAAGAAGGUGCUAGAGGCGCUGAAGGACCUGAUCGAUGAGGCGUGCUGGGACAUCACCUCCAGCGGGAUCAGCCUGCAGAGCAUGGACUCGUCACACGUCUCCCUGGUGCAGCUCACCCUCCGCUCGGACGGCUUCGACACCUACCGCUGCGACCGCAACCAGUCCAUCGGGGUCAAGAUGAGCAGGUGGGUUGGCGGUGCCCGGGGUGUGGGUAGCGGGUGGGUUGGCGGUACCCGGGGUGCGGGUAGAGGGUGGGUUGGCGGUGCCCGGGGUGCGGGUAGAGGGUGGGUUGGCGGUGCCCGGGGUGUGCGGGUAGCGGGUGGGUUGGCGGUGCCCGGGGUGCGGGUAGAGGGUGGGUUGGCGGUGCCCGGGGUGUGGGUUGGCGGUGCCCGGGGUGUGAGACAUAUCUUAUGGCUGUGGACAGCCGUGCAUUUUCUACCUGUCAUGGUGAAACGAUAUUUGCUCAUAGACUACGUUUCCCAUGAUGCUCUGUCAAAAGAACUUCUGUCUGAGCAUGAUAGGAGAUGUAGUGCAGGUUCUCAAUGUGCUCGAUCCUGUCUCCCUAUACAUAAUACGUGUGUGUGUGUGAUUGUAUAUUCCGUUGCCGAUAUACACUAUAUAUGGCUGCUAUUGGACUUGCCAGGACUAGUCUGAAGUUGACGUUCGCGCGCGGUUUCCAUCUCUGCGCGCCUUUUAGUGACGUCACGUGGGCGCCAAGUUUUAACAAAGACAGCACGUUGGCGGGAAAGAUGCUGCGAGUCGACAUGUAGUGUGCACAGCAUCCUGUGUAGAUAGGAGCCCACAGGGCUGGCCUUUUAUUUGGCAGUUUUGGUUUUUAAGAAGUUAAAAUGUCUUUAUGUUGGAUCUCUUUUAAAGUGCUUCUAAUAUUUGUGAUUCAAAAACUAAUUAAUAAAUAAAAUAGAACCGGGUGUAUCACUUCUGUUUUAUUUAACGAACUGAUUUAUCGGAAUACGUUCAUUAUAGGAAGCAUUUAACACAUCGACAUUGUUUUUAUACCAAUACAAUUCAAAGACAUGUAGGUGCAUUUCGAAUAAUCAUUUAUAGCAAGUAUAUUUUGCACCCCUGUUGUGCACUAAGUGUUGGUUAUGGUUCAUGAUUUUAGUUCGAUUUGCUUGAAUAGCUCAGUUUCUGCUUUAAACAGACUACUUUUUUUUUUUUUUUACUUUGUGUCCUUUAAGCCAAUGGUAGUGAUGUGCCCCAUUACCACCUAAGUGUUCCACAAACAUGUAUUCUGGCUAGUUUGAAAUCAGGCUUUAAAAUGUGUUUAAGUAUCACAAGGACCAUUGAGAUUUGGCUAUGUUUACAUAGCUAACUUGUAAGGAUUCAGGCAAACGUGACAUACGUUGCCAAUGAAGGUAAAGCAAAAAUUAAAUUGUUCCUUAUAAAUCUUUCAUUGAAUAAUAACUUGGCCCUAAAAAAAAAGAUGUUGGAAACCAUGGACAGCUGUUUUGACUUCCCAUUUAUCUUAAAUUACCUUGUUACAAUUUUUUCAGUAUGUCAAAAAUCUUGAAGUGUGCUGCAAGUGAAGACAUAAUUACACUCCGGGCUGAAGAUAAUGCAGACACGGUCACAAUGGUUUUUGAAUCCUCAAGUAAGUAACUCUUGUCUGCUUGUACUUUGUAUUCAUACCUUGUUUCAAUUUGGAGACUUUCAGCUAUAUAAAUCUUUUUACCUUUAGAUCAAGAGAAAGUUUCAGACUAUGAAAUGAAGCUUAUGGAUCUGGAUGUGGAACAGUUGGGAAUUCCUGUAAGUAUUCUCUAAAGGAACUAUAAAGGGUUAAUACAAAUGUUUUCUUAACGCCAUAGUGCUCAGAUAAGUGUUUAGGUCUCUGGUCCCUCCUUGUAAAAGGUAAAAUUUAAGUUUUGUGAAAUUUUCAUCUUUCCUCUUAAAAACAUUCAUAUUAGUUGGUCAAUUCAUUUAUUUAUUUGCUGGUAGUGUUAAUGACAUUGUUCAGUCACAUAGGCUGCUUCAUCUCAGUGAAGUGGUUUGGGUUCAGUGUCACUGUUCUUUUAACCCUGCAAAGUAAAAAAAAAAUUCAGUCCCCCCCCCCCUUUAAACUUCAAUGUUUACAUUGCAGAUUUACGUCAACAUCUAGUGGCUGUCAGUCUGACACUCCCUUAAUGUGCAAGCCCCCAUAGGAAAGCAUCAAUUCAAUUGAUUCCUGUAGGGAAGUUUGAAUGCAUGCAGUUCUCACAAUGCAUAAAAAAAGUGCUGGUGCGCAAAAAAUUAGCAAAAACACCUAAAGUGUUCGUAUAUAUUAUAAAGUGCUUUUAAAGUGUAUACACGGUGGAACUGGUGUUAUCCCACCAUAAAAACCCAUAUAACAAGCAGAGAUAUGCAUAUACUUAUAACCUGCAAAUAUGCACUGAUGAUUUUGAAUAGUUUAACAGCUGCUUCUCAGUCUGCUUUAGGGAAAUUAUUUUUUAAUAAACACAAUUUCCUCCGCUUCCACUGACUCAGUCAGGUCUGCACGGCGCACACUGGAAAAGCGGAAGUGACUGUUUUUCCCACUACUUGUACUCUAUUACCAAGGUCUAUAGCGGGUGCUGCAUAUUAGUUUAACCUUUUUUAUUUUAUAUAUCUUUGCGCCAACUUAUCUAUAUUGUAUAUAGUUCUCACAGUGCAUGCACAUUGGGUCUCCAGUACUCUUCUAUGAGAAGCAUUCAUUUGUAUCACGGCAGAGGUAGCCCUGGGGACACUUUCUAAAUGUGAUUUUUGUUUCUGGUUUUCCCUACUACAGGAGCAAGAGUACAGCUGUGUUAUAAAGAUGCCAUCUGGGGAAUUUGCACGCAUCUGCCGAGAUCUUAGCCAGAUUGGUGAUGCCGUUGUAAUUUCAUGUGCUAAAGAUGGAGUAAAAUUUUCUGCUAGUGGAGAACUUGGAACUGGAAAUGUUAAGCUGUCACAGACCUCCAAUGUGGAUAAAGAAGAGGAAGCGGUAAGUGAACAAUGAGUAAAUAUUAGACUUGGACAUUUGUUUUCAAAACCGUUGCUAUUCAGACAUAACUUAAUUUAGUUGAAUCUCCGAUUUGCACAAUGGACGAAUUAAUCAUUAUUUUUCCAGUGCAGUUCUUGCAAAUUCAUAAAAUGAAGAAUACUCUUAUGUGGGAUUUUCAUGUUUAAGAGUACCAAAUCUCUUGGGUUCAGUAUAUCCCUUGAUUUGUAUCCUUAGAGACACUUCACUACCCAAAUAAUAAAACAUUUUAAAAUAAAUUACACUCUAGAAUUUGUACCCCAAAUAAAAACUUGCAUGCAUUUUACAUUGUGAGUAACAGCUUGCAAAAACAUGCAGUUCUCUUGUCGGUUUCCUUUGGAAUGCCUAAGUCAUGUGCGCAAGGGGUGUAAAAUAAUUUGUAUGCGCAGUGUUUAAAGCAGACCGAUGCCUUCCUCCAUAGCCAAUUCUAAAUUAGUACCUGUAAAUAUAGCAAGCUUGCAUAAGGGGACCAAAUGAGACUUAUCUAAACCAAUUCAUGAUUUGACGGCUAUCACGGCAUAUCAUUUGUCCAGGUGGAAAUCUUGGCUGAACUAAUGUACAUUUUAGCUGAAGUCUCCUGUCCUGUAGAGCAAUAUGUCGAUAAAUGAUUUUAACAGUACUGUAAAGAAUACUUAUGUGCUUUUAUUCAAUCUUUUCAAGACUACACAUUGACUUUUUAUUUGUUAAUCUCCAAUUUAGGUCACAAUAGAGAUGAAUGAGCCAGUCCAACUUACAUUUGCCUUGAGAUACCUCAAUUUCUUCACCAAAGCUACUCCCCUGUCCCCAACAGUAACACUUAGUAUGUCUGCAGAUAUCCCACUUGGUAAGUAAUACUCUGUUAAGUGGCUAAGUGUUAGUCCUAUUCAAGGGAAGUGGUGAAAUUCUGUUUGGGGUUUCUUUUGUAGUCUGAACUGUAUAUAUUAUGUUGGAGUUCUUUUUAUUUGUGUGCCAGGGGCUAGUUACACUCCCAGCUCAAGUGACUUAAGCAACCCAGAACCGUACUGGGCUGUCUCAUGUUAAUUAUGUGCAUAUUUAAUGCUUGCCGUCUGUGCUGGCAACAUAACUGCUUACUUGCAGUCAGUAUCUGCAUGGGAAAGAUUGCUUGCCUAAGUAGCGAAUUGUAGAAGUGUUAGAUUAAACAAUUAUUAUUAAAGCGCAAACAAAUUUCGCAGUGCUAUACAAUUGGUGGACUAACAGACAUGUCUUUGUAACCAGACAAGCUGGACACACAGGAACAGAGGGAGUUCAAUGAACUUACAUGCUAGAGGGGUGGGGUAUAGUGAGGUAUGGGUAGAGUAGAAAAGUAGGUUGUUAGGCUAGUAUUCACUGAAGUCUGUCUUGCCCAGCAGAAUUAACAUUUUCUGCAGUGAGAUUGCAGUUUGGCAUAAUGUGUAAAGAAAGUUACCUUCACAUAGCCAAACUCCCUAUGCAUAUUUUUUUUAAAAAGGUUUAGUAAUUACAGUGGCAAUUAGAUGUAAGCCCACCUGCCAUGUCAAGGAAAACCCUCUUAGGUGGGUCUUACACUAACUAUUCACCUUGCUUAUUGAGCUUCAGACAAAGAAAUCUGAGACGGGUAUUUUUCUAAACCUCUGCAUACUUAUUAGCCCUUAAUAGGAACACAUGGGAUGGUUGGCAGCAUUGUAACAUGACUAUGAUGUAAAAGUGAAUACAAAUAUGCAAAAAUAAGUCCUGCGCUCAAACUCCCACUACUGGGCGGCAGCAACGACCAUAGCGCACAUCAGCCCCAAUGCAUACAAAACAAGCAAAGAAAGGUUACCUGCACAGUAGCCCAGGAUGCAUGUUAUAUUAUGAGUGUAUAAAUGUUUCUUUAAUGCUUUCUUUUCCAGUUGUGGAAUACAAAAUUGCAGAUAUGGGUCAUGUGAAAUACUAUCUAGCUCCCAAGAUAGAAGAUGAAGAAGCUUCGUAAACUUACUUUUUAUGACUUAUCUGAACAUCUAAAAAGCUCUUGUUUGACUGCCUUUGAAGACAGCAAGUUCUUGUUUAAUAGAUGAGCGCAUGCUGAUACACCAACCUGCCCAGCUGUUCAUGGCAUGUCUGUAGAUAUUUAUGUAAAUAUAUUGCAAUCUUUGUAAAACCUGCCCGUGCAGUCAAUAAAUCUUUGUUAUAACAAAUGGUCA